AUGACGGAAGUAACGUUAAGAGUCUGUGGAGAAACUUACAAAGUGGGCGUUGCUUACAUGCGGAACGCCCUCAGGCCGCUCACAGGAGCCGCCGAGGGCGGGCUGCGAAUGACCCGAGGGCAAUCCCACCCCAGGGCCGCCAUCGCACCGCGCUCGGGGCUGCCCCGUCAGGGCGGCAAGGCGAACCGCCCCGCUCGGCGUGCCCGCGGCAGGCAGGCGAACCGCCCCGCCCGUCAGGGCGGCAAGCUGUGUUUUGGAUACGCGGUUCAGGUGCCUCCCCCUAGCCCCCUCACAGCAAAGACACAGCACAGUAAAGGCUUUUUCCUUGACUGGGACUUUUCAUCUUCUGGUAUAUUUUCUGGGCUGAAAAUUGACCCUGAUACCCUAGUAAAGAAGCUUGACUUGGACUCCAGAAGCAUCAUUUCCUCCAGAACAGGCUUGGAAGAAAAAACAGUUCUGUCCAAAAAAGAGAAGAUGAAGCUGAGGAAGGAAAGAUGGCUGCAGAAAAUAGAAAGUGUAAAGAUGGCCAAGCAAAAGCAGAAAGCUGAAGCGAAGCGGAAAGCAACACCUGUGGUGGGAGACAUGCAGCCCUUGAUGGAAGCCCUGCCUGAGCUCUCUUACCUGACCACAGGUGGCAUGGGAAGGAAGCCUCUCAAAAGCCCCAUAAAAGCAAAGGCAGAACCAGCAGACUUCUGUCUGAUGAAACAAGCUCAGAAACAUCAGCUCCUAGACCAGGAAGUGGCUCGGUUUCACGAGGUUAUCAGCGAUCCCCAGUACAGAGCCAACCCCCUCCUGGCCAUCAGCGAGCACCUCUCCAAGAGGCUGAGGCAGGGGGGAGAAGGGGAACCCCUUUAGAGCUUCAGCUGGGCCCAGACAUGCACGGGCUGUGAAGGGAGCACAUCCCUGGCACAACGUCCCAGCCUUUCUGGUGCUUGGAAGCAGUUCAGCAGAUGAUGAAAACCACCAGCCCUGCUUUCUGUCUGCAGCAAUAAUGCAGCUCUCUCCUGACAGGGGCAGCUGCUCCUUGACAGGCAGUCUGCACAGAGCAGGGUGUUCUGUGGGAUUCUUGUGCAGGCAUUAAUUCCUGCAAAGUGUCUUCAUACUUCUGCUCUUCUUGUGAGCGGGUAUGAUUUCUGAAAUUGUGCCAAAUGGCCACAUAUCUGUUUUCUGUCAUUCCCCCCACCUCUUCCUGACAACUCUGAGAAGAGGUUCUUGCUUGCUCUGUUGGGAUGGCUCAGGACCCCAAGCCCUGGAGCUCAGGAGGCUUUUGGAGUUUGUCACGACCAGUGCUGCUGUACAUAGAAAUUGUUUUCUGUGAGAAAUUUAGCUUUGGAAUAAACACACUUUCAUACA